UCGAUUAUUUCAAACACUGUCAGUCGAUUAAUUUGCUGAAAGGGGUUUGUUAGUUGAAGUUUCUCCGAGUUUUUGAUACAGUUUCAGAUAUUUUUAAUUGAUGGAAAGGUAGCAAACGGAUUCACUAUGGGUUUACUGUCGAUUCUGAAGAAACUUCGUCAAUCGCCAGAGAAAGAAUUACGUCUUCUCUUAUUGGGAUUGGACAAUGCGGGAAAAACAACGAUACUCAAAAUAAUGGCAUCAGAGGAUGUCACCCAAGUAACACCUACAGCUGGAUUCAACAUCAAAUCUGUAGUUUCAGACGGCUUCAAGUUGAAUGUUUGGGAUAUUGGUGGACAAAGAAAAAUAAGACCCUACUGGAAAAAUUAUUUCGAGAACACAGAUGUUUUAAUUUAUGUGGUCGAUUCUUCCGAUAAGAAAAGAUUGGAAGAGACCGGAAUCGAACUAUUUGAGCUCUUAGCAGAAAACAAAUUGGAGGAAGUUCCUUUGCUGGUAUACGCCAACAAGCAAGACCUACCGAAUUCAUUACCUUCAUCUGAAUUGGCGGAGGCGCUCGGCUUGCACUCCAUCAAAGACAGAGUCUGGCAAAUACAAGCUUGUACAGCGAUUACUGGUGAAGGAAUAAAAGAAGGAAUGGAAUGGGCCUGUAAAAGCGUGAAAAAAAAAUAAUGCAAGAUAUGUAAAUGUUGGGUUCAUACAAAUAUGACAUUUGCAUUUCCUGGACUCCUGUAGUUUUGAAGUUGCAAUACAAUGCAUAUAAUUAUUUAUUCGUUGGAAAAAUCUUCUCACAGUAAUUUAUGCAUCACAUGAAAUUUCAGCCAGAUUUGAUUUUUAUAGAUUUUUAUGUAUACUAGUAAAAAUUCAGAAGUUCA